UAUAAUUUUGAAAUAAAAAAAAAAAAAAUGUUUUACUUUAAAUUUAUUUUUAUUAUACUUAGCCUAGCAAAAACAUCAUAUGGUACCUGUGUUUUUGAAUCCGAUUUUGGUUUCAUAUUAAAUUGUAAUUUUAAAAAGUCUGGAUUAUUUCGUGUAAGGAAUUUAGGUGGAGUUAAAGCUCACAUUGGUUUAGGUUUUAGUGUUGGAGAUGAAUUGGGUUUACCUGAAUCUCUUGGUAAUUUAGAAGGAGAAAGAAGACGUUCUGUGAAUUAUAAACAUGCACCAAAUGAUAUAGGGGUUGUACCAGCUGCAAAUCUCCCAAAUUCAAUUCCAAAUAAAUCAACAACAUCAGCACAAAAAUCUUCACCAUCAAAAGGUUUAUCUAGUUCAAGUGGAAGAAGUUAUUUUAAAACACCACCAGUUGCUUUAAUGACACAAGCAGCAUCAUUACCAUUAGGUGUACCAGCUUUUCGUCCUAUACCAUAUCCAUUAGAACGACCUGAAAAUAUACGAAGAAAUUUACUUUUAAUGCAACCACAAAAUCCUAAAGUAGCAAUAAAUAAUAAAGUAAUACAACCAUCUCCAUAUAAAUUGAUAGAUCGAAAUUAUCCAACUAAUGUAGCUCCAUCUAUUCAAAUGUCAAUGCCAAAGGCAAUUCCACCAUUUCAAAGUAUACCACAAUCAGUAUCACGUAUAUCGACUGGUCAAACUGUUGAAAUUGAAUCAAAUCAAUUUCCAACAUCAGAUGACGAAUUAAUAAAUUAUCCAAAAGUUGAUUUAAAAGGACAUACCGUUGAGGAAUUAGCACAAGCAGCAAAUGUUUCAGUAGAUAUUAUUAAAGGUGCCAUCGCUUUAAGACAACAACAAUUAAUUAAAGAUUAUCAAGCAUUUUUACAAAAUCAAAAACAAAAUAAUCAAAAAAAACAAUCUGAUGAUACAAAAGAUGCACCAUUUUUACCUACUCCAAUUCCAACAAGUACAUCAUCUCCAACAAAAACAACCACAACAACAUUUACACCAAGAAAUAGUAAAAAUGGUCAAAAGGUAAUGAAUGCCCCAAAAGAAUAUUAUCCGGUUGGUUAUGAAAAAAAUUUCGAUGAUAAUUUUGAAUCAAAAGUAGAUCUUCCUAGUACAUCAUUUAAUUGUGGAGAACAAAAACAUUUCCCAGGUUUAUACGGUGACAUGGAUUUAGGAUGUAUGGUCUUUCAUGUUUGUGCAUUAACUGACGAUGGUUUAAUAAUGAAAUCAUUUUUAUGUCCCGAAAGUACAUUAUUCGAUCAAACAAUAUUAAAAUGCAAUUGGUGGUUUUAUGUUGAAUGCAAGAAUAGUAAAAAUAAUUAUGACUCAAAUAUACCAGUUUCGAAAAGUUAUCAACUUAUGAAAUCAUUAACAUAUUUUGCAAAUUAUAGUAAAAAUAAUACAUCAAGUAAUGAAAGUGAAGUUAAUAUGGAAGCAUUAAAAAAUACUGUAUUAGAUCCAGAGCCACCAAAAACAACUUAGUUUUUUUUUUUAAUUAAAUUAUAUUAAAAAAUAAAAUAAAUAAAUUAUUAAAAAUAUUUUAAUUGAGAAAUGUAAAACAUACUAUACAUAAAUUAAUUUUAUAUAA